GCGCGGAAACAAGCAUAAGGGCAGAAAACUAAUAGAAUUCUGUUAUCCGAAAAUUGAAUAAAAUAAGGCUCUGAGAAAUGGCGGGAGGGAAGCUGAACCGGUACUUCUAGGGUUUGAAGAUUCUUCGCUUGAAGCACAUUACAGUAGAAGAAUGAUGCAUGGAAGUCAAUUCGAUGGCAACGCUGCCUUCUCCGGUGGCGGAUUCAUGCCAUCUCAGGCUACCCAGGCCCCUGAUCCUUCCUUCUCGCCGGCGAAAAAUCGAGAUGUCCAGUCAUUGCUUCCGUUGACAGUGAAGCAGAUAAACGACGCAUUCUUGUCUAGUGGUGAUCAAUCGAAUUUUGUUAUUGAUGGCGUUGAUGUUAAUAAUGUUAAGCUUGUAGGAAUGGUGCGCAAUAGAGCAGGAAGAAUUACUGAUGUGACUUUUUCACUGGAUGAUGGCACUGGAUGGAUUGAUUGUAGCAAAUGGGUCAAUGAAGCUGCAGAUUCAAGUGAAGUUGAGGGAAUACUGGAUGGCAUGUACGUCCGGGUCCAUGGCCACUUGAAAAGCUUCCAGGGAAGAACUUUGAAUGUCUUUUCUAUCAGGCCUGUGACCGACUAUAAUGAGAUCACAAGUCACUUCAUUGAAUGCAUAUAUGUUCAUUUUUACAACACCAGGUUACGGAAACAACAAAGUAGCAGUAUGACUACUCAGCCACCGGUGCCAAAUUUAUCUAAUACUCCUAUGAAAGGAUAUCAAGCUCCCAUUCUUAAUCAAUAUUCUGGUCAAGUGGGUGGUGAUGGUUGGAAGAGCCUUGAGCAGAAGAUUUUAGAUUUUUUGCAACUUCCUUCAUGCGAUACUGAUAGGGGUGCACACCGUGAUGUCAUUGCUCAACAUCUUAAAGUUCCACUCGAGAAGCUCAUUCCAGCGAUGAAAAAUCUAGAAGAGGAAGGCCUGAUGUACUCAACUACUGAUGAAUAUCACUUCAAAUCAACUGCCAACGGUUGAUGUCUCUAUUAUGGUGUAGCUAAGGCAAGGUUAGUUCCUGCCGUCCUUACUUGUCAUCUAUGGUUGAAGUUAGGAAAAAUCUUCGUAGCCAUAUAUGAUCCGUUCAGAACAGUUUUAGCCUCUACUAACUUGCCAGCGAACAAAAAAAGAUACAAUGAAAACCAAAGCCCCCAUGACCAUGACUCGCUGAAACUUUUGUAAUGACAUUUGUCUCUGCGACAUUUUUGGAAUGCAACAGAAUAGGGAGCAGCCUGCAAAGGUGGAUUUGGCCGAUUCCCAGAA